AUGGAAAGCCAGGCUUAUUACCCAUUGCCGGCUUUCAACCCGUUUCCAACCGAUAAUCAGAGCUUUGAUGAACAGUUUGACGAUGUCGACAAGCCUCCAUCAAGUAGGUUUUUGUUUUUCCUGCGUAAUUUUACAUCUUCUGGUUUUACUUACUAGGUAUAAGCUACAAAAAUUUGGUUUUUAUACUACAGUAGACGUUUGUUAGAAGUAGCAACAAGUGGUAAUAGAUUUGUGUUUACUAUAGUAAGCGUUUGUGUUAUGUAGCCUUUUUUACAUUUAGAUAAGAGUAUUAUCAUAGAAAUAAGUUGUACAUUCAUGAUCAUGUGUAAAAGUUCCUUAUAAAAAAUUUUGACUUGCUCUAUAGAAAAAUAUGUAUAUACCAUAUUUGUUACCUAGCUUACUAUGUAUAUAUAUUUGACAUUUGCGUGUAAACCACCCUUAUAUUUAUUGCCAAAGGGUAAACGGUGCAUAAGAUUACUCGAUAGCUUUACUAUAACAAAUAGCAUGAUACACUUUCAUUAGUUUAUUGUAACAGGCUAUUUGUUAUAGAACAUAGCACACAGAAUGGGGUAUUCUGGAGCUAUGUUCAACUGAAUUAUAAGUUAAAAAAGAAAAAUGCAACUUUAUAAACAAGAAAGUUUAAAAUUUUGUUUUAAAAUGUGAGGAAAAGUAGACUUACGAUGCUGGCAACACUAUCAGGAAAAGUACCCUACCUACCGCGCUCAGAAUCAGCGUAAAAUUUUUAUACGAAUUUUUUUUACCAAUAGUACCUAUAAAAAAUUUUAGCUCGUUUUUUUGAGUUUUAAAUUUGAAUUAUUUUGAUUCCCCGCCAAUUUCGCAACUUUGGCAUUCUGUUUCAAGCACUUUUUUCGACUUUCCAGUCAAGCUACAGUUACAAAUUUAAAAACGUAGGUUCCUUUAAAGGUUUUCUACUAGUAUAUCAAAGAAAAAUUCUUAAAAGUUAAAAACAGCAAAGUUAUAAGCUUGAAACAUAAUGCCAAUUUGGCAAGAAAUACAAAAUAUAAUUCUUUUAAUCUAGAUUUUCUCGAUAUUGGCUGGAAAGCGCGAUUUAUUACUUUGCUGAAGAUUCUAUAUUUACAUGAUCUUUUUAUAUAAAAAGUUUGUAGUCAAUCAGGGCGAGGCAGUUCGGGUACUUUCCUUGUAUUAUAAAAGGCAAUGGCUUUUUUGUUACUUUUUUGGUCUUUUGAAAUUAUUUUUAAGACUAAAGGUAUUGGUGGGGGCCUUUACUGGGUUUAGUUUCAAUAAAUCUUUCUUGUACAAUUAGCAUUGGGAAGGUUGAGUUUUUUGGCACAAAAUUGUAUGUUAACUACAGCUAUGCUCUAAAAUCAUAUAUUUUUCGCAAUUCUAUGGACUACAAUUUGCAUACAGAGUGCGCCAAAAGUUCUGUUACACGGUUUUUUAAUCAAAUAUUUAUUUCGUAACAGAACUUUUGGCGCACCCUGUAUUAUACUCCACAGCCCUUUGACAUGGCUUAUAUUACUCUUUUACACCCCUCAAUAUGGCUUACUAAUCGGUCACGUAAAUAGUUAAAUUAAACUUUCCAAAAAGUUAAUUAAAGGCCUAUAAUUAGGUGUCAGACAAACACAAGAUUAUUUAUUCUCCUACACUUUUAAAUGUUAUCUAAUCAAGUCGCUUACCUUUUUUCGUUAAUUUUAGCCUUUUGCGGAUUAGAAAUGGGGCUAAAUUGGGCAAAAUACUCGGUUUUAAUUAUAUUAUUAAUAACUCUCAACAUGCAAACAUAAAUGAUCAGUUUUUUCGAAUUUUGCAAGUUUUAGGGUUGAAACAUUGAGGUUUGUGGCAAUCUUAAACUAAAAAUUAUGCCUAGAGCUACACCUUGGAGCUGGGCCAAGCCCAGCUUUUUACCCUGCGUUAGUGGCCAAGCCUUACUUUGAACCUCGGUACACCGCUUUAAAACCACAGAUGUUUUACAUUUUUUGCUAGCCAAAUCUUUUGUUGCGGGACCUAAGCUGAGUUUCUAGAGCCUUGCUUUGUGCUCCUUUCUCUGUUCCCAUAUAUGCCAGCCCGGUCCGGCUUUUUUCAAUUUUGCUUCGGCUUAACCCGGCCCGGAGUCGGACUGAGCUGGACCUAUUGGGCUUCUUUUAAGGUUUAGCUAGAGCAAAAAAUUUCAGAACCAAAAGACUGGACUUGUUAUACUUUGGUUUGAGCAAUGAAUAACACAAUUACAAAACAACUCAUUUCAAUUGUAUUGUAGUAUCGUUUGGAAACAAAAUGUGUUACGGAAGUCUUUAUUAGGCUUCUCUUUGUUCCAAAUAAUAAGUCUAGUUUAUAUGAAACCGCAUAUAAUUUGAAAUACAGUGAAUGUCUUGUAUAAUAUAUCAAACUCUUGUCAAAAAAUAUGUAUACAACUACACAAUGUAUUUAAAAGUUUCGUAUUAAAAAACUCUUUUAUAAAGAAAAAAAAUUAAAACCUCUCAGCGAUGUGUUAUAAUAGGGUUCUACUGUAACUCACUUUUAUAAAUUGUUUAAAAACCUAAGUUGACCCUAUUUCUAGAUGAUCAUAGCUCUGGAUUUAGCAUAGCUCUACAUAGUAUUAGUCUUAGCUUUUUUGUCCUAGCUCUAGCUCUAGCUCUAAUUCUAUCUCUAGUUCUAGUCCUAGUCUUAGUUCUAGACCUAGGUUCUAGCUCUAGUCUUAGCCUUAGCUCCUCUAGCUCUAGGUUAUUAUCUGGCUCUAACUCUAGCUUUUGCUCUUGCUCUCUUACCCCAACUUUACUUUUAGCUCCUCUAGCUCUCACUCUGUUUCUAGCCUUGGCUCUUGCUUUUGCUUCUGCUUAAGUUCUAUGCUUAGUCCUAACACUAGCAUUACAAGUAGCUCCAGCUUUAGCAUUAGCUCUUCUUAUUGUAUUAGCCUUAGUUCUUGCUUCACAUCUAGCUCUAGUUCUAGCUCUAGCCAUAUCUUUCUCUACUUUACUAUGCCUUACUUUAUUCUUGUCUUUUUCAGCCUUAUUCUAACCUUAUCUAGCUCAACUUUUGGAAACUUUUAUAAGCUUUACUUUUUAUGUAAAAUACGAUGUGGUAAGUUUUUUGCAUUAAAAAAAAAUUCUUUUGUUUAUGAUAACAAGAUUAUAAAUGCUAUUCUACAUUACGUCGUUUGUUGAACUUACUGUAAAGAUUACUUUACUUAUUCAAAACCAGCAGUAUUCGGAACCUUUACAUUUAGUACUUUGUAGCAUUACAAUGUUACUAUAAGCCAUCUAAAUCUCAAAGUAUUAAACUAUAUUGUCUUUGAAUCACCACACCAUAACAUAAUAAGGAAUCUUCGUAUAUUCAUAUAACUCCUCUACGCACAUGCAUAUUCCACACCAAUUAUUGACAAUUGUAAAGCCAUCUAAAUUUAUUGCCUAACGAGAUUAUGAAUGUAAUGUUUACAUUGAAACAACUUUAUACGUAAAGCGGAUUAACAUGACUAACUCUACGGUAGAUUUCGGGGCGGGGUAGAAUAAGAAAAGACUUUUUUUGGGAUUGUUGGUUAGAUUUGUCAUUUUUGUGAAUUUGAGUGUUACUAGUUUUGUAUUUGUGGCAUUAUUAAGGUAUUGGUGUCUUGUGCUAUAUACUUGGAUAUUGUUACAUUAAUUACCUGUAUUUGGCUAUCCAGGGCUAUAUAAAGCCGUAUCUUAGUACUAUUUUCCAUAGUGUUACUUUUCUGUAGUACUCUUUCAUUUACAGUUACUGUACUGUAUUGCCAUUUAAUAGUUACGUACUACACAGUACUUAUCCUACUAAUAUCUCAAUACUGUACUGUAUAUUAUAUUACAGUUCUAGUUUAUUGUUUGGUACUAUAUUGUAGUACACUUUCUUCUUCAUACUGAUAAGCAUCAUACUAUACUAGAGUACCACUUUAUUCAUUGGUACUAUAUUGUAGUACUGGUUUAUAAAAAAAUACUACUUAUCAGUACGUUAGUAGUGUCUUUUGUACAAUACUUGGCUUAACAGUACUAUAUAAUUUAUGUACCAGCUUGCAAGACACAUAUAGUACUAGUAUUAAGCUACUAAAACCAAUACUUGUUGAACUAUCUAUGAUAAUACAUAGUUGUGUAUCAUAUAAAUAAUGGCGAUUAACUUUGAAGACACGUUCAAAUCAGAACAAAAACUGUUUUUACUAUUGGGUACGGACCUUUUCAUUUUUGUUUUUUAUUUUAGGAUUAAAGGUAAAAGCUUAUGCGGCGUGCAGAUAACAUAGAGGCAAAUAUGUAGAAGCUAACUACUGUAGGCUUAAACGUGUUUUAUAUCUAUUAGUCGGUUUAAAUAAGUGGUUUACCGCGGUAAAAUAAAACUUUUCAUAUUAGGUCGUUUAACUAGUCCUGUGCUCCCUAAUAUCUAUAACUUGUUUUGAGGGGAGGCACAGAAUUAUUUAAACAUCCAACUGUAAUAAAAAGAUAUUGUGAGUUGUUGUUAAAGGCAACUUAGAGCUAAAAACUGGCUUUUAGUUGUUACGACAAUUUUCAUAUUAGAGGUGUCUUUGUGUAAAAUACGAUGAUCAGAGUCGAUUUAAUACGUUUUUUUAUAAAAACCAAAAGUUUUGAAAAAAGUCAAAUUUGGAAAGUUGUUGGCGCUAGCUCUAGUCUUAGUUAAUCCUGGUCCUGGUCCCGGUCCUGGUCCUGGUCUUGGCUCUAGCCCUAGCCUAGGGAUUUUUUACCCUGUCCUUGUUUUAUCUUAGAAAUAGUAGUCGUAAUCCUACCUCUAGCCCUAGCCUCCGGAAUUAUAAUAUAAAUUUUAAAACUUGUUCUAAAAUUUAUAAAUGCGACUUUUCAGACAAAUCCAAACGCAAAGAAAAGGACUCAAAGAAACAGCGAAGGAACAGAACGACGUUCACAACGUUUCAACUUCACGAACUGGAACGGGCUUUCGAAAAGUGUCACUAUCCAGACGUCUAUGCGCGAGAACAAUUGGCCAUGAAGAUAAAACUGGCAGAGGUUAGGGUUCAAGUAAGUUUUAGUGAUUUUGGUAUUAUAUUUUAGAGGUUUUGAGGCAUAUAUGGCCAUAUGUUAGGUCAAAAAAUAUUAAAAUUUGAAUUUUUUUGUCCAAGAUUUUUCAAAUUUUUAAAAUUUAUUUUUUCGAAUCUAAAUUUUUUCAAAUUUUUAAAACCUACCGUAAUCCAGCCACCUGUCUGCUAGCCGUUUUUUUCCAAAGUUAUGGGAUCGUUUAUUAAGCAUAUGGCCAAUCAUUAGGCCAUAUUUAUUGGGUUUGCUUAAUUUGCUAAACACUUUUUGUUUUAAUUGCCUAUUCUUUAUGACAUUACUUUAUGUUAUUGAGAAGGUUUUGACUUUUUCAAAAUUUUUUGACAUUUUAUGGUACAUGUGGUAUUAUUUUGUAGAUUACUAAUUCCAAGGCGUAUUUUACAAAAAAAUUUGUUUUUGUGUUUUUGAUAGCACCAAUAGUACUAUUUUUUGAUUCUUUUUAAUACUAAUAGUACUUUUUUAGUACCAGUCAUAUCAUUUUUAAUACCAAAAGAUAACCUUUUGGUAAAAAAACUUUAUUUUUUCAAAUUUACUUUUGUAAAUUUAAAAUUUCAAAACGCAGUAAACAGUUUUUUACACAGUAAAUGACUGUAACACCUAAUUAGCAACCAUCAUUUCCGUGGUAAAAUAUGGCAUUUUCUAUGCUGCAUUUCGCAAUCACAACAUGCUUUGGUGUCAUUUGGUAGAUUAUGCCUAUAUUCAACAAGUUAUGUUGGUUUUGUCACGUUUUUUGGCAUUGUGUUUCAAGCUUGUAGUUUUGUCAUUUUUUGACUUUUAAUCAUUUUUCUUUGGUAUACUAGUAGAAAACCUUUAAAUGGACAUACGUUUUUAAAUUUUUAAGCGUAGCUUGUGGCUUGAAACAGAAUGCCAAAUUGGCGGGAAACUCAAAUAUUUAAAUUUUAAAAAAACAAAAGCGCGGGUUUAAAUUUUUUAUGGGCACUAUUAGUGAUACAUAGAAUUCAUAUAAUAAGUUUGAGCUGAUUCUGGGUGAGGCAGGUAGGGUACGUUCCUUUAGGUAUUAAAAUUUCAAAUUUUUUAAUUUUUUAAAUUUAAUUUUUUUUCAAAUCUCAAAAUCAUUUAAUAAAAAGAAAAUGAAAAAAUUAAUAUUAGACUAAUUUCCAUGUACUAUAACAAUAUUUAAUACUGUUAAGACCAAAAACAUAGUGAUUAAAGUCUUUUCGAAGCCAAUUAAAGACCAGAUUACAAUUGUUUGACGUAGUAAUUAAUUAAGAGAUAAUUGUAAAUAAAUGUUUAUUUUAAGACUAACAAACAGUCGUACGUGAAAUAAGAGGGAAAUUUUUAAUUACUAAUCAAAAUUGUUUAUUAAUUUCCAAUUUUAAGAACUUGUGAUAGACAAAAUAGGAGUUUAAUUAAGAAUUUUGAAAUUUCUGGACGUUAAAACUAAAUUUUGUUUAUAAAACUAUGUUUGUUAGGGUCUUUUUGAUAUUAUUAAUACAAAACAUUUUUAAAAAGUGUUUUAUAAAGUGGCAGUUUAUUGAUUUUAAGCCUAAAAACCUGGAAAAUUAGCAAAAAAAAUCAAAAAGAGACAGAAGAGAGUGCAAAAAGUAGAGAGACAAUGAGAGACGCAAAGAAAAACAAAAAGAGAAAAGGCUUUUCGCUCUGGAUCAGCGGGUUCCCCAGUCGAAAAGCAAGUAACACUUUUAUAUGCGUCGGACAAAACGUUUAUUUGGUACGACUUUUGUCCUUAUGAUGACAUUGCGACGGUGCGGUCUUAUUAACCAUGGUGAGAGCCAAGCAGUGACUGAAGGCUAGUUUUUGAAAUUCAAAAUUAGGUUUAUUUACGUUGUCUAUAGGGAACAUCUAACCAUACGAUUACUUUGUUAACUGUUACAACACCGGAAGUCUUCCAUCCCCCUUUUUCAAACCGUCAUUUUAGUAACAGCCGGCUUUAAAAAAUCAUACCGUGAAACCGGAGAUAAUACUACAAAUCUUGCUGUGUUUUGCAGCAGGCUUAUCAAGAUAAUACUUGUUGCAAGAUACGUUUGUUAUCUACGUUUGAAAAUGUCAUUCAAAACAAUACGAUUACGCUAAUACUAGACGUUUUAUAAUAGUAGGAUGCUUUGACAUAUGAGUUAAAUGAGUCAUAUUGUGAUGGUCUGGAUUACAGUAGGACUUGGGAUUAGAGAAAAAAAAGUGUUUUGGUUUUAGGUUACUGUAGUAAUAAUGAUUUUUUGGCUUGAGGUUACUGUAGUAUUCUUCGGACUACAGUAAGAGCUUUGGAUUACGGUAAAAAGUUUUUUUUGGUUAUGGUAAUGUACUGUAUUUCAAGUAUUUGUUAUAGUACUGUAGUUUUGUAUUACCACUUUUAUUUCCUGACAGUAUAAUUUGUCAUACUGUUCUUUAGAAUACUCUUUCUAGUACUGUGCAGUGCCAUACUGUACCUUAGUACCGUACUUUAGACGAAAAGAACAAUUUCAAAACCCUAAAAAAAGUGUAAUCAAGGAAAUUGAUUAAAUUGUAAUAAGUAAGAGAUUAGGCAUCACAUAUCAUUAAAGAUUACUCUGUAAGAUAACUGACUUAUCCCUCCGGCUUUAACCCCCUCAGAGACAAAGAGUAAUUAGCAGUUUAAUUACUCAUUAAACUUUAAAACUUGCACAUUUUGGCUAAUCUUGAGGGAAUUUGCAUUUUAUUUUUAGAAAUUUGCAUAUUAGAGACUUUAUAAUUUUUUUAAAUUUUAAAAUUUUAAUUUUUCGGCUUUAACUGUAGCUUCAGGCUUAAAAUUAGGCAUAAAUUGAGCAAAUAAAAACGUCUUUUCAAGACGGCGUAUUUUACAUUGUAUUCAAGUUACUAAGCAUACUAAAGGCCUAUAUUGUUGUAGGUAUGGUUCCAAAACCGUCGUGCCAAAUGGAGACGUCAGGAGCGAAUGGAGACCUCAUCUAUUGGCGAACUGUCAGCUAGCCUCAGGCCAAACCAAAACUUUUGCAUGUCAUGGCCAUGGCCAAACUCAAACGAAGACUUUGCCAACGGAUUUGGGUAGGUAAAAUGCGGGAUUUCGAGUGGACCUUUUAUUUAUUUUAACUUUGGUAGAUCAUAUACAGUUUAUUUCGCUACAGCUAUAGAAUAGUAUACACAGUCAAACCUCUUUAGUAUGACAGUCAAGGGAGUGAGCCAAACCAGGUUUUUACAAUGGAGGAUACUGUAAUGUAGGGUACGGUAAUGCAGAAUAGGGUAAUGUAGAGUAGGGUAGGGUAGGGUAGGGUAGGGUAGGGUAGGUUAGGUUAGGUUAGGGUAGGGUAGGGUAGGGUAGGGUAGGGUAGGGUAGGGUAGGGUAGGGUAGGGUAGGGUAGGGUAGGGUAGGGUAGGGUAGGUUAGGGUAGAAAAACAAUGAUUAUUUUUAAUUUUCAGCUACCAAGUCUUGCCCGAGCCGAAAUUCAUGCAGAAUAUGCCCAUGCCCGCGCCCAACACUUUGCCGUUACCAUACCUCCAAUACUUCAACCCUACCAUUAAGACUGACGAUUUAAAGGAAAUGCACUCGCCUCAGCCAAAAAAUCUUCAAUUACCGGUCGAUAAUAUCCAGUCGAUCGAAGGGCUUCAUAUGAAUCGAGAUGGUACUGUAGAUGUUUUGCAUAGUACUAUAGAUGGCCUUAAUAAUACCGUGGAAGAUCUUCGGGGUACUGUAGAUGGAUUACAGAGUACGGUAGAAGGUCUAGGAUCAGUAGAUGGCUUAUCUAACUCAAUAAACGGCCUUCAAAACUCGGAUGGUAUUCAAGGCUCUAUCAACAACAUCCAAGGAUCACUAAACACCCUACAAGCCCACCGUGAUACUGUAAGAGAACCCUCGAGCAACAGUCUUACUGUGCCCAUCAAUAAUCGAGUACGAUCUCCAUUAGAUCCUACUAUCCAACCCAAUCUACAUACAAAUAUAGCCUUAAACAUUGACAACAGAAGUUGUAGCGACCGUACCACACCCAUGAACUGCAUGAGCACAGACUACAGUACCCAUAGUAUCACAACAUCAACUAAUAAUUUGAAUAAUAUCAACAACAACGAGCUGCAUCCUUUCUACUUUAACCAUUACGAGCCACAACAUGUUGAUCGAAAGUUCGAUUUCGAAGCCCCCAAGCUGACGUCGAGGCUGGAGGAGCUGCUUCACGCCGAAAUCAACGGUGAAAUGGCAGCCGGAGGGAAGGAGUUUGAAUUAACCGAAAAUCAAUGUGCUUUCUAA